AUGGCCGCGGGCCCCGGGGCGCUGCCGGUGCCGCUGCUGGUGGCGGCGGCCCGGGAGGCGCUGGGGGCCGGGCCCGGAGCCGGGCGGAGGCGGCGGCUGCCCGCGGCCCGAGCGCUGCACGCAGCCGGGGAGGUGCUGGCGGUGGCGGCCGGGCUGAAGCCGGCGCUGCUGUGGGACUGCGGGGCCGCGGGCCCGGCCGAGCUGCGGCGCUACCUGGGCAGGCUGCGGGAGGCCGGGCUGGCCCCGGGCCGCCUGCACGUGCUGGGCAUGGGCGGCUCGGCGCUGGUGCUGCGGCCGGGGCUGGCCCGGGGCCGGCUGCGGGCCGUGCUGCGCUCCCGGCCCGCGCCGCUCGUGGAGGUGUCGGCGGCGCGGCCCAGCCCUGCGCUCUGCGGCCCGGCCGAGGCCCGGCCCGUGCUCCGCCACCUCUCCUCCCUCCUGGGCCACCUGCGGGACGCCGAGGCCGCCAGCACCGAGCCCGUGACCAGCAGCGAGGUGGCCGCCGGCGAUUGGAACCUGUGCACCGUGGCCGGGGUGCUGCUGGGCUACCCCGCCGUGUACACGUUCGCGCAGGGCGCUGAGAACUGCCUGGCGCUGACCCCGCUGCGGGUGUUCACGGCCCAGGCCUGCUGCCCCCGCAUCAAGGACGGGCUCAGGGUCCGCAUCUCCUCCUUCAGCGUCCCGGAGAGCCUCUGCACCGAGCUCCGGGGCGUGCUGGAUGCCUGGUGCCAGGAGCUCAGGGACGCUUUCAGUGCUCAGACUGAUUUUGUAGAUCUCUGCAUUUCGAGCGAGGUCGUGUCUCUUCCAGCGGUUGCCUUGUAAAACACGAACAUUCUCGGACUUCUUAGCCUUCCUCGCUGCGUCAGGGACCAAGGCAGAAGAUCCAGUUCCCUGUGUGUUGUGUCCUGCAUCCUCGUGCUCCUGGGGCACUGACAGCUGAAUUGUGACAGUCACUGCAGGCCGGUGGCAAAACCAAAUACAUCUUUUUUAAAAAACAGGAGUGCUCCCAGCUGCUGUGCAGCCCCAGCCCUGCCUGCCUGCACAUUGCACCCUGCAAAGUCAGCGUGGGUUUAUUUGCAGUGGGCAGCUGAAGAUUAAUAAAUGAUUUGAACACCA